UUGCCCUGCGAGACCUGGGUCCAGUCAGAGGCCAGAGCCGCACCUGGAGGGCAGGUCGGCCCCUCCGGGAGGGAGCCAGAGAGCAGGCUGCUCCAUGGAGGCCCAAGUGUAACCGGGCGGUCCCACCAUGAAGAAGGUCAAGAAGAAAAAGGCCGAGGCCAGGCGCCGCCGCGAGUCCCUGACCCAGCGGGCCAGCUCGGACUCCAGCACACAGCCCAGCUCCGACGCCACGCAGCGGAGCCCAGAACCCAGCACGCCGCAGCCGCAGCCGCACCCGCAGCCCAGCACGCCGCAUCCACGCCCGGAGCCCAGCCCGCCUCGGCAGGAAGCCCAGGCUCCCGCGGCACCGGCCCCCGAGACGCACCGCUCCUCCGGGAGCCUCUCCCCCGCCAGCCCCAAAGCAGCCGCGCCGCCCCGGAAAGCAGGUGCGCGACCUCUCACCCUGGCAGGCCAGGUCCGCUCGGGGUCGCGGUGCGCCGUUGGGUCUGUGACGCCUGCGGGCCUGCGGCCCUGCUCCUGCGCUGCCUGCCCAGGCAGCUCCGCUUGCUGGCAUCGUCUGGGGCUCUGCCACAGCCGCAUCUUCGACGUCCUCCUGCCCCGGGACUGGCAGGCCAUGCCAGGGAGAGGAUUCCCCAACCUCCUCACCUUCUACAGAAAACCUCCAAGGAAACACUGUGCUCCUCGUAACUCAAGCACUCCGAGCCCUCGGGACUGUGGCUGUGGCUCUGGGGGCCCUGGGGGCUGCCUACUACAUCACUGAAGCCUGGUGACAUCCCCCAGUCCAAGCCCAGCAGGCCGGCAGAUCCGGUUUCCAUCAAAGGAUCUCACUUGUCACCAAAAUAGAAGAAAAAAAAAGGUUUCUUUAGUGUGUUUUGCUCAGGGACACAAAUGGGCAGGGGCGGGGGGGUCCGUGUAGGGCCCUUGGGGACUCUUGGAGCCACAAGUAAACAGAGGGGAGCCUACCACUCCUGCUCGGGGCCUCGGGCCAGGUAGACCACUUCCCCGGCACAAGCUCAAGAGAACAAGUUAUUUGCUCUAGAUUUGCUUGAGUCCCAGUGCAGGAAUCAUGAAGCUUAACUGAGUAGCUAUGGUCCCGUAGCCAGGCGUCCUUCUGGGCAGCGCUCAUGGGAGUCGCUGGCCAGGAAGAACAUGCUUGUGCUCAUCUGGGCCCGCACCUUGGGGCCACACACUGUCUGAGGAAAGGGCCUGACCUGCAGCCUGUGCUCAGUCUGCCCAGGGCCCACGGGCCUUUCCAUCCCGGAUAGAAGUCCUUUUCGAGGUGAUCUCAGCAGAGAGUGCAGCAGCAGGGAGGUUGCGGAGGACUCCCACCCAAGGGGGACGCUGAGUAUUUACCCCCACCCCAUCUGGGAGGCAGGAGGCUGUUACCCCUGUGCUUUGUCCUCCUCCGGGGAGGAGCCCCAGGCAGAGUGAUGAGACAAUCGCGAAGCCAUAACCACCCGUGUCUGGGGUGUGGAAGGCCAACCCCACACGCACAUAACAGCCCACAGAGCCACGUCCAGGGGAGCUGAGCCUCUGAAAAGUGGCCAGUGGAAGAGGUGGGCACAGUGGCCCAUGGCUGUGGACUCUCGGGAAGGGCUAUUGCCCUUGAGACCAUGUUGGAUAAACUGAGAUUGGGGUUGGGCCCUUGUGUGCAGGGUGGUUUAUCCAGGCGAUCACUGGAUUGCUUCAUUUGCUGCCAGUCACAACCAAGCCUCUGAUAGGUUCUUCUGAGAUCAGAGAGUGAAGCAGGAAAGAAGAGCAAGCAGGUUGUGUAUUGAAAACAGCGCCGCAGCUGAGUUGGGCCCAGCCUGGUAGAAGCUGGCCCCGGGGCUCUGCAUCCUCACCAGCCUGGGUGGGCUCAGCCCUGGCCCUAAGUGUGGUGUGGAGCCCACAGAUGGGUCAGCAUGGGGAUCCAAGCCAGCAUGGGAGAGGCACACGGGCUCCGUAAAGGAGCAAAGGGCGGACUCAGGUCCAGGGAGCGCGUCCUCCUGCAGCUGGCCAUCUGGUCUACCCGGCUCCCGGUGCCAGGGUCUUGAACCAGCUGAAAGUGCCCAGCAAGGCUCCACCACGUCCUGGAGGACAGCCACCCUCCCACCGGCCUUGCGGCCCAGUUCACAGCCUUCCCUGCACGACAGAGGAACACAACGACCCGGAUCUAGGGAGCCAGACUGCCGUGCUGGGCCACAGUCAGGGCCAAGGCCCAGAGGGAACACCUGAGUCAGGGAACACCUGAGUCACAGCCUCUUCUACCUCCAAGUCCCAGCAGGACCGCCGGGCCCCUCCAGCUGCUUUGGCAGGGCCCAGCCUCACCAGGGGUGUUGUGGAGACCUUCGUCCCCAGGCAGCGCCUCUGGGCAUGUGGGGACAGUGACUGCACCAUGACACCACACAGCCAGUCACCAAGGGAUAGCGCAGGGAUGCAAGUGGCACAGUGCCCUUGCCAGUGUCCCAAGAUGCAUUCCCAGCCAAAGCCAAGUGGAACCAAGCCCGAAGUUCAAGGCACCUCCUUGAGAGCAGAGCAGGAUUGGAAAUAGUUAAAGGUGUCUGUUCCAGCUGAGUGUGGAAGUGCACACCUGUAUUCCCAGCACUCUGGGAGGCUGAGGCAGGAGGAUGGCAAGUUG